AAAAAUGCAGAGAAAAGCCAAGAAUUAACCGCGAUCAGCGAGGCCGUCAACUCUCUAGCCCUUGGCGUCGGCGGUGGUGCGCUCUGAGGGUGUGCGGGAGGAACCCUCGCUCGACUCCGAUCUCUACCUUCGUGUCCCUAUUCUCAUUGUUAGACCCUGGGGCAGAUUCCUUGGCGAACGGUCCUUCUCCUCGAGUCUUUCGUUUCCGGAGUCUGGCGCUCCAUUCCUGGUGCGGUUUCCUCUCCCUUUCCGCCGGAGCUGAAUCCGGAUAUUUUUUAUCGGUUCCGUUCGUUGUGGUAUUGAUUUGCGGAAGCCUUUUGUAUCUCUUCUGCCUGAGAUCUCGAUCUGUUUCCGUCGGAAGUGCUAUGACCCGACCCAACCUACGGAUGGGGAGUUAAUUCUUAGGAAUUUCUGCGGAAUCCCCUGUCUUCAGAUCAAAAAAUUUAAAUUCGAGCUGCAAGGUUUGGUUAUUUUCCCUCUUUUUUCCCCUAAUCAUUGAGCCCAGAAUUAGUUUUGCACUACGUCGGCGUUCCUGGAAGCCUUCCUGUGUUUGCCAUUGUAUCGAAAGCAUUUGGCUCAUUAUAUCCGCCAUUGGUCAUCUUCUAUAUCCAUAAUGAAUGCCUUCUUUACCGAGAAAUUUCAGAUGAAUCUCUGCAUCCCGUCGGUACAAUAUUGAAGUGCUUGUUAUUGAUUUCCUCAAUCACUUUGCAAAGUGAAUCACUGCUCGUUCUUGUGGGAAAUAGUUUGAGAAAAAAGAUCCAAUUCCAAAUGAUGAGGAACAGUGGUGUUUGAUUUGAGCUAACCAGGAACAGAUGGCACGAGGAGGAGGUAGUCAGGAGCGGCUCCGAUGGAGCAAGCUCUACACUUUUGCAUGCACCCGCCCCACUGUGUUGUUAGACGACGAGCAACCGCAUACCCUCCAAGGUCCCGGAUACUCCCGCAUCGUCCAUUGCAACCAGCCCGGAUUACACCGCAAGAAGCCCCUCAAUUACCCCACCAACUUUGUCAGCACCACCAAGUACAACAUCAUUACUUUCCUCCCGAAAGCCAUCUUUGAGCAAUUCCGCCGUGUCGCCAAUCUAUACUUUCUUCUUGCCGCUUCCCUCUCCCUCACCCCUGUGGCUCCGUUCUCCGCUAUGAGCAUGAUUGCCCCUCUCGCAUUUGUUGUUGGACUAAGUAUGGCUAAGGAGGCACUGGAAGAUUGGCAGAGGUUCAUGCAGGAUGUGAAGGUUAAUAGCCGUAAGGUUAGCGUCCAUAAGGGAGAGGGGUGCUUUGGUUAUAAACAUUGGCAGAAGAUUCGUGUUGGGGACAUUGUGAAGGUGGAGAAAGAUCAGUUCUUCCCUGCUGACUUGCUUCUGUUGUCCUCGAGUUAUGAGGAUGGCAUAUGCUAUGUUGAGACUAUGAAUUUGGAUGGAGAAACGAAUUUGAAGGUCAAGAGAUCUUUGGAGGUAACUUUAACACUGGAUGAUGAUGUAGCUUUCAGGAACUUCACAGCCACCAUUCGAUGUGAGGACCCGAACCCUAAUCUCUACAGUUUCAUAGGUAACUUUGAGUAUGAACAGCAGGUUUAUGCACUUGACCCAAGUCAGAUUCUACUUAGAGAUUCAAAGCUUAGGAAUACUACAUAUGUAUACGGAGUGGUUAUCUUCACUGGUCAUGACAACAAAGUCAUGCAGAAUGCUACCCAGUCACCAUCUAAGAGAAGUCGAAUUGAGAAGAAGAUGGAUAAGAUUAUAUACAUUCUUUUUACCUUUCUCGUAUUGAUUUCAUUAAUCAGCUCGAUAGGCUAUGCUGUGAUGACAAAGUUUGGGAUGCCACACUGGUGGUAUUUGCACCCUGAUGAGACUUCAUACAUCUACAAUGCCUCAAAUCCUACUUUAUCUGGUUUCUUCCAUCUUGUCACUGCUCUUAUUCUUUAUGGAUACCUGAUACCCAUUUCACUUUAUGUUUCAAUUGAGGUUGUCAAAGUCUUGCAAGCAACAUUCAUAAACCAAGAUCUUCACAUGUGCGAUGGGGAGACAGGGAAUCCAGCACAAGCACGGACAUCAAAUUUGAAUGAGGAGCUUGGGCAAGUUGAUACGAUAUUGUCAGAUAAAACUGGCACCUUAACUUGCAACGAAAUGGAUUUUUUGAAGUGUUCAAUUGCUGGUGUUUCAUAUGGUGUUGGUUCUAGUGAAGUUGAAAUUGCCGCUGUGAAGCAUUUUGCAUCAGAAGCAUCAGGCACAUCUGAGCAGCAUAGCAGCACUCAAGAUUUUUGGGAGGAUAGCGGGGGUCGUUUUGUCUCAUCAGAAAUUGAAUUUGAAAAUGGGAAUGCUUGCAUGGUCGAGAAGCCACAAAAGCCUGCAAAAAAGAGUUUCAGCUUUGAGGAUGAUCGCCUUACGCAUGGAAAUUGGAAAAAAGAACCUAAUGCAGGUACCAUUCUUUUGUUCUUCAGGACACUUGCUCUCUGUCAUGCUGCGAUACCUGAGCCAAAUGAAAAAACUGGUGGUUUCACAUAUGAAGCGGAAUCACCGGAUGAAGGAGCAUUUCUUAUUGCAGCCAGAGAAUUUGGGUUUGAGUUCUGUAAGAGGACUCAAUCAAGUGUCUUCAUCAGAGAGAGAUAUUCUCCUUUUGAGGAUCCUCUAGAAAGGGAGUUCAAGGUUCUGAAUCUCUUGGAGUUCAACAGCAAAAGGAAGAGAAUGUCGGUUAUCGUGCGUGAUGAGACUGGGCAGAUUCUUCUUUUAUGCAAAGGUGCUGACAGCAUCAUUUUGGAUAAACUAUCAAAAAACGGCAGAAUAUAUGAGAGAGAGACAAUUAAACAUCUAAAUGAAUAUGGGGAAGCAGGCUUGCGGACUAUGGCACUGGCUUACAGGGUACUUGGGGAAUCAGAGUAUUCUGAUUGGAACACCAAGUUUCUUAAAGCAAAAACUACAAUUGGACCUGACAGAGAAACAGAGCUUGAGCAAGUCUCUGACAUGAUCGAGAGGGAUUUGAUUCUUGUUGGUGCAACUGCCGUAGAAGACAAAUUACAAAAAGGCGUUUCUCAAUGCAUAGAUAAGUUAGCACAAGCUGGUCUCAAGAUCUGGGUUCUUACAGGUGAUAAGAUGGAGACUGCAAUAAAUAUAGGGUUUGCUUGCAGUUUAUUGAGACAAGGCAUGAGACACAUUUGUUUAUCCAUCGAGAGCACUGGCAUAUUGUCACAAGACACAAAAAAGGUUGCAAAGGAGAAUAUCUUGACGCAAAUAACUAAUGCCUCUCAAAUGAUCAAGCUAGAGAAAGAUCCUAAUGCAGCAUUUGCUUUGAUAAUUGAUGGUAAAACUUUAACAUAUGCUCUGGAGGAUGACUUGAAGAAUCAAUUUUUGAGUCUAGCAGUUGAUUGUUCUUCCGUCAUAUGCUGCCGGGUCUCCCCAAAACAGAAAGCAUUGGUGACUCGGUUGGUGAAAGAAGGAACAGGUAAGACUACUUUGGCGGUUGGCGAUGGUGCUAAUGAUGUGGGCAUGAUUCAGGAGGCAGAUGUUGGUGUUGGAAUUAGUGGGGUAGAGGGCAUGCAGGCUGUGAUGGCUAGUGAUUUCUCCAUUUCCCAGUUCCGUUUCCUUGAACGGCUCCUUGUUGUCCAUGGCCACUGGUGCUAUAAGAGGAUAGCACAGAUGGUCUGUUAUUUCUUCUACAAAAACAUAGCCUUUGGCCUCACGAUUUUCUAUUUUGAGGCAUAUACUGGCUUCUCUGGGCAGUCGGUGUAUGAUGACUGGUAUAUGCUACUAUUCAAUGUCAUUCUAACCUCAUUACCCGUGAUAUCGUUGGGAGUCUUCGAACAAGAUGUUUCUUCUGAAGUAUGCUUACAGUUCCCAGCAUUAUACCAGCAAGGGCCGAGGAAUCUUUUCUUCGAUUGGUAUAGGAUUUUUGGUUGGAUGGGCAAUGGUCUCUACUCAUCCCUUGUCAUAUAUUUCCUAAACAUCCACAUUUUCUACAAUCAGGCAUUUCGCACUGAGGGUCAGACGGCAGACAUGGCUGCUGUUGGAACAACCAUGUUCACCUGCAUUAUUUGGGCUGUGAACUUGCAAAUUGCCUUAACAAUGAGCCACUUAACAUGGAUCCAGCACCUCUUUGUCUGGGGCAGUGUGGCCACAUGGUACCUCUUUCUGGUCGCUUAUGGAAUAUCCUCGCCGUUGAUAUCUGGAAAUGCCUACCAGAUACUCUUGGAAGCCCUCGGCCCUGCUCCUGUAUAUUGGGCUGCAACACUUUUAGUGACUCUUGCCUGCAACAUUCCUUAUCUGGCACAUAUCUCCUUCCAGAGAGCCUUAAAUCCACUUGAUCAUCAUGUGAUUCAAGAGAUCAAAUACUAUAAGAAGGAUGUGGAGGACCAGCAUAUGUGGAAGAGGGAGAGGUCCAAAGCAAGGCAGAAGACCAAAAUUGGUUUUACAGCAAGAGUGGACGCCAAGAUCAGACAGCUAAGAGAAAAGUUUCAGAGGAAAGUCUCAUCAGUGAAUGUCCAAGCUCAGUCAUAAGAUGUUUAAAGCCCUAGCCAGUGGACUUUCUUCUGCUAUGUAAUUUUUUUGGUUCUUGAUUUUUCUUCUUCACUAAUUCAUCUGUUGUUGUUCUUCAAGAAUGAUUCAUAGGCUAUCAUCUGUAUCAUAAAUAAACAUUUUUGACUCAAAGCGCCAUGGAAAUAAUCGAAGUAUAUACAUACAUUUCUUGUCCUCA